UAGCUUGAGGAACAGUAACGCUGGUUUAACUGAACGUCUGUUGUCCUGGCAUUGUUGAACUUUAUUCAAGGUGGUUGACAUUAACUAUCCGUAUGCCACACAUUUCCAGGAUUUCAAUUUUGCUCACUUCAUGGCCAAAGACAAUCCAGCGGUUUUCCUGAUUUUCGAAGCCCCCUUGGAGACUCGUUUCGGGGCGGAAGUGCCAUCCAUCUCCCUGCCUCUGUGAUCCUGGAAGAGCAACGCCGCCUUGUGACAAGCAUCCAACAUGACAGGGGUUUGUGGUUGCUGUGGGGCGCUCAGGCCUCGGUACAAGAGACUGGUAGACAACAUCUUCCCAGAAGACCCAGAGGAUGGGCUGGUGAAGGCCAACAUGGAAAAGCUGACAUUCUACGCCCUGUCAGCUCCGGAGAAGCUCGACCGCAUCGGAGCUUACCUGUCUGAGAGAUUGUCGAGGGAUGUGGCCCGACACAGAUACGGGUAUGUGUGCAUAGCCAUGGAAGCCCUGGACCAGCUGUUGAUGGCCUGCCACUGUCAGAGCAUCAACCUGUUUGUGGAAAGUUUCCUCAAGAUGGUGCGCAAGCUGUUAGAGUCUGACAAACCCAGCCUGCAGAUCCUAGGAACCAACUCUUUUGUGAAGUUUGCCAACAUAGAAGAGGACACACCAUCGUACCACCGCAGCUAUGACUUCUUUGUGUCACGCUUCAGUGAGAUGUGCCACUCCAGCUACGAGGACCCUGACAUCCGCACCAAGAUCCGCAUGGCAGGUAUCAAGGGCCUGCAGGGUGUGGUGAGGAAGACGGUGAAUGAUGAGCUGCAGGCCAACAUCUGGGACCCUCAGCACAUGGACAAGAUCGUCCCUUCUCUGCUUUUCAACCUGCAGAGUGGAGAGCGUACGGAGAGCCGCUCCCCCUCCCCGCUGCAGGCGUCAGAGAAGGAGAAGGAAAGCCCGGUGGAGCUGACGGAGCGCUGCUUCAGGGAGCUCCUGGGACGAGCCGCCUAUGGCAACAUCAAGAAUGCCGUCACGCCUGUACUGAUGCACUUAGAUAACCACUCUCUAUGGGAGGGAAAGACCUUUGCUGUGCGUUGCUUCAAAAUCAUCAUGUACUCCAUCCAGUCCCAGCACUCUCACUUGGUAAUCCAGCAGCUUCUCGGUCACCUGGAUGCAAACAGCAAGAAUUCAGCCACCGUGCGGGCAGGGAUAGUGGAAGUCUUGCUGGAGGCAGCCGCCAUCGCUGCCAGCGGCUCUGUAGGUCCCACAGUGUUGGAGGUGUUUAACACCUUGCUGCGACAGCUCCGUCUGAGCGUGGACUACGAGUUGACUGGCUCCUAUGACGGCAGCACCAACAUCGGCACCAAGAUCAUCAAAGCUCAUGAGGAGAGGCAGUUACAGGAGGCUGUUAUCAGGACCAUUGGUUCAUUUGCUAACACUCUCCCAACAUACCAGAGAUCGGAGGUCAUGCUCUUCAUCAUGGGCAAGAUCCCUGUCCCUGGGGUUCACCUAGCUCUGCCCUCCACAGGCUCCGGGCCUGAGGGUACCAGGAUGAUCCAGGUUAUGUUACUUAAGUCCCUGGUCCAGGUAACGGCAGGUUUCCAGACCACCAACAUGCUGACAGCGCUGCCCAGCUCAUUCCUGGAGCCGCUGCUGUCCUUCUCUCUAACAGAGGAUCCAGAGGUCCGGCUGCUGGUGCUCCAAAUCCUUCUCAGUCUCAUCGACAGGCACGACAACACGCCCAAGUUCUCCAACAUAAGCAUCAUCUCAGACAUCUCUGUCCUCAAGCUCAAAGUUGACAAAUGUUCCAGACAGGACAACUUAUUCAUGAAAAAGCACGGCCAGCAGCUGUACCGACACAUCUACUUGGGCUGUAAGGAGCAGAGCAGCGGCCGGCUGCACUACGAGACCCUCUUUGCUCUGUUGGGUCUUCUCAGCGUGGAGCUGGCCAACGAAGAGGUGGUGGUGGACCUCAUUCGCCUGGCGCUCGCCUUGCAGGAUCUGGCUCUCUCCACCGAUGAGGCUCUGCCUGUCUUCAACCGCUGCGCCGUUCAUGCCCUCGCCGCCGCCUACCUCAACCUCAUCUGCCAGCUCACCACCGUCCCAGCCUUCUGCCAGCACAUACACGAGGUAAUUGAGGUGAGACAGAAAGAAAGUCCCUACCUUUUGCCUGAAGGUGUCUUUAUUGAUAACCCCCGGCUGCCUUCGUCACUGGAGAAGGUAGAAGGGGAUGUUUUGUUCCUCCAGUCGAAGAUCACUGAGGUCCUUGGAGGUAGUGGUUAUAACACAGAGAGACUGGCUACGCCUUACGUGCCGCAGUUUACCGAUGAGGACCGUCUGUCCAAGAGAAAGAGUAUUGGGGAGACCAUCUCACUGCAGGUGGAGGUGGAGUCCCGGAACAGUCCAGAGAAAGAGGAGAGGACACCAGCAGAGGAGAUCACAUUUGAAACCUUGAAAAAUGCCAUCGUGGACAGUGUGGGUAUGGAGGAGCAGGAGAGGGAGCGGAGGAGACAAGUGGUGGAGAAGUUUCAGAAGGCCCCCUUCGAGGAGAUAGCAGCCCACUGCGGUGCCAGGGCGACACUACUGCAGAGCAAACUUAAUCAGAUCUUUGAGAUUACUAUCAGACCCCCGCCCAGCCCAUCUGGAACCAUUUCAUCAGGUUACGGCCAAAGCCAGAGUCGAUCUGUCCCCAUCUACGAGAUGAAGUUUCCUGACCUCUGUGUGUACUAGGCCAGACAGUCCACAGCAAAGUUACAGAACUACUUAAAUUUGAGGACAGGAAAGGGAUUUGGGGCAGGGGAGGGGCAGCCGAUCCUCACUGUAAAAGCAUCUGGAUCAUGGACUCAAACAACCGCAGUGGAUCAGAAGAAAACCACAGCUGUUUGAAGCCAACUAAAGAACAAGCCACUUCUUGAUUAACUUAGCUGACAAUUCUUUUUGGCCUGUGAUCGCAGCCACAAACAAGCUGGCAAAUGUCAAUAAAUGCGGCAGUAAAACAAACUUAUUCCACGUGAAACUCCUAAGUUCUCCUUAGAUCUCUGUAGAAGCUCCACUGGGUGGAUGUUCUCAUUAGAAAUAGCCAAGAACUGUGAGGACAAAUUCAGUGACAGACUGAACGUUAUUUCAUCGGCUUUAGAGUGAAUUGUCUCGUUGCAUGCCCUGAAACUGGACAUGUUUGAUAGCACUGCAAUUCUUUUGACGCAUUUGUCCCUUACAGGGUGCCAUACGACCCUUGAUCACAAAAUUAAAUUGACCAAUCCAGCUUAUUUGUCACGUCAUUGUACGUUUCGUUUUAUGACUGUACGUUUGUUGAUUUUAUGGCCAGAAAGAGCAUAUGUGUAUUAGAUGAAUUUUAAUUUACCUGUCAGUGUAUUGUUGUGUAUGUUUGAUUGAAGUAUGGAGAGAUAUAUAUGAAGCUCUUCCUUCCUCAUCUCCCUUGUUACUCAGCCCUUGAACAGCUUCAGUGUUUAAUGCUUCACCGUUUUUUUUGCUUUAUCGUUUAAGCCAAAAGUGCUUUUUCUUUCAUGACGGGCAUUUCUUUCUUACACCAAGCUUUUUUGGUUGAAUUUUUUUUUUUUUAAAAAACCUAAUUAUUAUGAUUUUUUUCUGUCUGUCUGUCCCUAAGUGAGUGUGCCUUACAGGUGACUCAAGUUACAACAUACACAAAAACACACACUGCGCCAGUCAUGUCCACACCAAGCAUCUGAAGUGUUUACCGUGAUGUUUACCAGAUCAGACACUAGAGGAUAAUUAAGGAUCUUUUAUUUUUCUCCUCUCCAUAUAAAUGUGUAUAUACAGAGAGAUAUAUAAAUCUUUAAGCUGAUGUACAGAGUAGGGAUGUUUUUGUGUGUGUAUAUAUUCUGUAUAUUAAUUCAAAUUUUAGACCGCCACUGCACUGAUUGUGUCCGUAGAUGAGGGAGGAAGCUACUUAGUUAGUAUUCAGAUAAUUUUGUUGAAAUCUAAAGUAACAAGCAACACAUGAAAUCGUAAAGGUCUGUCGACAAGGGUCUGAACAGCCCGCAGCAGAAAUCUGCAUCAUCUCAAGGCCAGUGCGUCGCACUAAUGAAGUCUGAAUGUGUCCUGAUGAAGUAUUUACGAGCCCAUCUGAUAGAAUCGUGAAAGACAGGUUGUAGCACCGCCGUCAUGACCUGUAUUCUCAUCACCCUCAGUCUUUCUGGAAUGAGUUUGCACUCUCUUUUUACGCCAUGCUACUGCUGCAGCCUCCGAGCUGUGCACCCGUCUCAUUCAGCAAGAUUUCAAUAAGUCUAAAAGCCAUUUCUGUGCGUGCGCGUGCACAUAGACACACACAGGUAUGAAAACAAAGUAUAAUGGCAAUAAUUUGGCACUCGCCUGGCUUACACGGCCCAACCGUCGGUAGCACAUCCUUUUGUGUGUUUGAAAUUGUACCGUCUGUUGUCGUGGUGCUGUGAUGGGUCAGUUUUGUGAUGUUGUAAGAGAACAAGCCUCCUGCUCCUGUGCUUCUGUGAGUUAAAUGCAUCGAGCGUGAACCAUGUUGCAGCCAUCUUGCAGCCAUCUCGUUUAAUGUAAACAAAGUCUGGUUUGUCCCUCAUUGUCAUGUGUUACAGUCCAGUUGUUUUACCCCCCCCCCCCCCCCCUUUUUUUUUUAACAACGUAGUGUCCUCUGUAUGUGUAUUUAUGUCCACACAUGCCAGUGUAUCAGAGUGUCCACCCUUUUUGUGAGUGAGUCUAUGAGCAGUCAUGCAGAUGUGUGUCUUAAUCGUCGUUAUCCAAGACCAAACUCUUCAAACACAGUUUACAGUUUUCGUCCAGUGACUCUUCACACCACAUUAGUGAAGAGCAAGAUAUCUGAGAGCAAUGUGCAGCUGUCUGAACCUUCCAGUGACACCUCGUGAAACUGUCUUUUCGGCAUCUUGCAACUUCGCAGUGAAGACCUGUAAAAUCUGCCAGUGUGCUUGUUGUCAUUGCAUAGUGUAAUGUAAUAUUAACUGACGGUAAUCCAAUCUUACUUUUGUCAUUACAUGUCUGGUUAAUAGAUCUGUUUACAACGUAGUGCUGUAGGUCAAAUCUAUUCAUUCUGUGAACUUUGCACUUUAAAAACUGGAUUACCUAGUGUCAAAGGCAGCUUUUACAUGGAGAAAAUGCCUUACGAGUGUCAUACCUGACUUUGCAUGCUAGUGACGUUGCUGUGUUCUACAAUAAAUUUGUCUGU